AUGUUCUCCCUGUCUGUGAUGGUCGGACUGGUCCCCGUAGUGUCUCUCUUUGGUUUGUUCUACUCGGCUGCAGUGGAUGAGAACUUCCCUCUGGGCUGCACCAGCGCGAACAACGUGUGCUUUUACAGCCUCCUGCUGCCCGUCACCAUCCCUGUCUAUGUCUUCUUCCACCUCUGGAGCUGGAUGGGAAUCAAGCUCUUCAGGCACAAUUAAUAUGAAGCAAAAGAAUAAAAACAUUCACCCUCUUUUCUUUCUGCCUGCUGUGUGUGCCAAUUCAAAGCUCACUUGGCUUGAAUUUGUCCACCUAAAGCCGCCAGCAGCGGUCAACGGGAAAAUGUCACUGGGAACCCAAAAUGGCCGACUUCCUGUUUGUUUGCAAACACAGGUUCUUGAGACUUGAGACAAAAAUGCGAGGAAACGUAGGUAAUAGUUAGGCGUGUGAAAGAGACUGAUACGACCGGAUAUCCACUGUUGACAAGCGUCGGUAGCCGCCUCCUUGGUCGGUCAGAAUGUAUCCAAUCAAUUCUGUUUUGGCUAGCCGUAGCAGGGGCGAGUACCUGGUUUUGAACGACUCUUUCGUGACUCUCACAUCUCUGGAAUAGACAUACUGUAGCUCAGGGGUGACCAACACAGUGCCCGAGGGCACCAGGUAGCCCCCACGACCACAUGAGGCACCUGCAGGCCUGCUUUUCAUUCAGGUUUUCAGUUAAUAAUGUGAGAACACUAGAAAGAAAAGUAUUGUGAAACAUAAGAUGUGAGUUGUGGAUACCAGCAUUUUGAAUGUUUUGGUAAAACAAGCAUAUUUGAUUUGUUUGGGUUGAAAUAAGCUAUGAAAAUCAUUUCUACAAAGAUGAGUAGCUCGUGGCCAUUUUCAUUUUCUAAAAGUAGCUCUCACAAGGAAAAAUGUUGGUGACCCCUGAUGUAGCUGUUCAAUGCAGCCUUUUGGUGCUCUGGCCCUAAUCAUAUUUAUUAUUAUAUCUUUUCUUUAGAUAUAUAAUAUAUCUUUUUAUACCUGACAAUAUUUUAAGCAUAUCUGUUUCAUAUAAUAAUUAUUCAUAUUAUUAUUAGUAUUAUAUAAUGUGUAUUUGCAUACUUGGCUACAUUUUAAGCAGCAAUCUCUUUUGAACACAAUUCUAUAAUUCACCAUAUUUAGAUUAAUGUAAGUAUUAUAUAACUUAUUUUAUGCUUUCUGUUUUAACAAUUAUAUCAUUAUUUAUUAUACUUCAAUAAUUAUAUUAAAUAUUAAUGACUACAUUAUUAACUAGAUUUUAUAUAUAUGUCAACAUUUUUGCAUCUAUUUUAACAUAAUUAUAUAAUUCAUACGACUGAUUUUCUAAUAUAAUCUAUUACUGAUCUUUGUAUACUUGUCAACAUUUUUGUCAUAUCAGUUUCAACAUAGUAAUUAUUGUAAUGUAUUAUUCAUAACAUGACUUAUAUUUUCAUGCUUGUCAACAUCUGUUUUUAACACAUCAAUAAUGAUACAUGAAUAACUAUUAAUAUAGUAUUUCUAUUUUUAAUGCUUGCAAACUUUAUUAUUACAUAAUGUAUAAUUCAUUAUUUUAAGACAUUUGUAAGGAUUAUUUUACGAAUAAUUAUAGUUUCUACAUACCGAAGUGUUUGUUUUAACAUACUACUAGUUAUUCUGUAAUAAUUCUUCAUAUGAAUGAUUUCAUGAUUACUACAGUGUAUAAUUGUGUUAUUGAUCUUUGUGUUGCUGCUCACAUUUUAGGCUUAUGGCUCUGAACAUUUGGAGAAACAGAAGUUUUGUCGCACGCUGUGUGCCAUGACAAUAAAACAUCCAAAUUGAAUAAAAGCACGCUGAAUAUCAUAA